AAAGACCUCACAUCAAGAAGGGCAAGUCUGGUUCGGAGUAAGUUGAUUGGUUGAAUGAAUAUUAAGUUUUCAGAGAUAACACCUCUGCUGGUUUAGUGGUGGUGUCUGUUGGGUGACCAGAAUAGGAAUAGAGCGAGGUGGAGUAGUAGCGAGAUCUAGCCACAGGGGGGAGAUGGCGUGAGACACAGGUGUAGCAGGGCUUGUUUUGGGCUUGGGGGAGGAAGAGCAAUCAGACUGGCAGGAAGAGUGAAGAUAGUCACUUGCGGGCGUGACGCAGAUUGUCAGUGAGCAUGCGGUUUCCCAGCCUGUUUAGAUGAAGACCGUCUCAUGCAUACAAGGUGGAACGUUCCCAAAACAGGUCAAAGUUAUGGAUGUAGUUUAUUUUGUGUUCUGUGCAGACAGAUUGGAGCCUGGUGUGAAGAUAAAGAAUCCUUCUGAAACGCCCCACACCGCAGCCAAGUGUAGGUAUUGGGCCAGAAAUAAAAACUGUUUUUAUUUAAAAAAAGAGGAGGAUUGAAGUCUGCUUUCGUCAGUUCUGACUUGCCGAACAGUGUCGUUUGAGCCGCAGUGAAGUAAAAUUUUGUUAACGGUGGGUUGGCAUGAAUUCAGCAUUCCAGGGAGUUUCUUAAAGAUGUCAGGAAUAGUAGCUCCGGGAAAGCAGUGAGUGAUGGCGUUUGCGAACUAUGGAGUUUCCGACGAUUAAAGCGGUGGGGGGAAAAGAGGAGUAGCUGCGCGGCCAGCAGCGGCGUCCGGCACGGUUCCUGGUCGCCGUCGGCCAGAGGUGGCAGCAGGAUGCGGGACGGAAGUUGCAGCAGCCGGGAGAGUGGACAGUGAGGAGGACUUCAUUGGUGAGGACUGGGUGGGUGAAGCCGGGAGGGCAGAGGACUUCCGUGGUGCCAGUGUGAAGCACGCUAUCGAGCGGCGAAGCCUGGCGCGGGUACACGGUCCAGAUCCAUCAGAUGGAGGUGACGGAGGACUACAGGGCCUCCGUGGGGAUGGAGGCACCGGCUGGGAUGGUGGAGCCAGAGGAGGAAAGUUGUGCAUGUCGAGGAUGUCAUACUUGUUUUCCAAUCGGAUGUUGUAGUGGUGGCGUGCACGAGAAGAGCACCUUUCACUUCCGCUGCGCAGACCAGGGCUCAUGUGGAGUGGCGGGACGACCAAUGGUGACGGUAGACUCAGGAACGGGGAUAGGGUCCGGAGAGUCAGCGGUGACAGCAGGCUCACAGGCGGAUGCGCUGUUCCGAACUGGUCCAAAGAUGAUGGUGUCGAGGAGCAUGGAGAUUCUCCCUUUAAGCCCCUGGACUUUGUCGGCCAGGCUAGCGCAGCUGACACAACCGGAGGGAGAGAUAAAAUGCGUCCUGGUGUUGCACCUCAUCAGUGCUGCAUUUGCCACUGCAGCUCUGGGUUUGAUGUCCAAACACCUCCCCUACCGCCAGGACUCUUACCACUGUGAACACUGCCACAGACUGGAGCUACAUGCUGUGCAACAUUGUUUCAGGAAAUGCACCGGUCAGAUCGAGCAAAAGUGUAAACUGUUGAUUGAUGGUAUUUUGGGGACACUGGUGAUCUUCCUGGUGCUGGAGCUGUUGAUCUGCAUUACUGCCAUGCUGUUUGGACUGAGUGUCCUAGCUGCUGGUGGAAACCAGGCUACUAGCCAGAGACCUCUCAGUCCACCCACUCGCCCCCCACCUGUUUCUGAUGUUCAAGCUGCUGCAACUGCAAUUGAGCCGUCUCAGCAGGUGGCUGUAGUUGUGACAGAACCAGAAUCAGAGCAGGUGGAGGACAUCUCCACCCCACCUACUGAACCCCAGGUGGAGCCAAUAGAAACUGUGGCCACAGAACCCUGAAGACCCUGUUCCCUAUUGUGUCAUAUCAUGUCAGUCAGAGUAUU